UAAGUUUACAUGGGAAUAUCCCCACUCCUUUAGAAUAAAGCCUGCAAGUGAGAAUAUUCUGGGUACUUCAGGGAAGUUACCAGGUUUUGAACCUCAAAAAUUCAUUCAAUCGGUCUGUGAUCCGCGUUGUGUGCGUGUUGUUUCGUUGCGUGUUCGCUUUGUUUCGUAAUUUUAAAAUAGUAUUCGUAUUUUUAUAAUAUAUAUAAAUUCUUUAAUGUUCGUUUUGUUUGUUGUAUUAUUUUCAUAAUUUUUCUGCACUACAAGAAGGUAAUUUUUUGUAUGGUUGAAGUUCCGUUACAUCUUAGCAUGAAAAUGAAACGAAAUGUACCACGUUCCUCACAUCAAGACGAGAAAUGCAAAUCAUCACGAAGCGAAGAUUACGAAGCUUCACGUUCAAGAACAGAAGAAGAAAAGAUGCAACGGAGACGCGAAUGGAUGCUUCAACAAGAACGGGAACGAGAACAUGAAAGAUUGAAGAAAAAAAUGAUUUUAGAGUAUGAAAUGAAACGUGCUCGUGAGAAAGGUUUACCAGCUCCGAAACAUUCGACUCCCAGUUGUAGUAAAAGUAGAAGCAAAUCUCCCCGAAGUCAACCGAGAAGAACUUCUACUUCUACUUCUACUUCAAAAAAAGCUCCUGUUCUUUCUGAAAGAUUAGAAUCAUUGGAUGGAACAGUACCAAUAUUUAAAGGACCAGAAGGUACACAAAUUAGUGCAAAUGAACUUCGAAGGAUUAAAGUAGAUAUUCAUAGAAAUAUUCCUGGAGAAUCGAAAGACACAGAACUUCAGCGGGAUAUUAUCAAUCCGGAAGAUGUAGUGGUCAAAAGAAGAGAGGGAGAAGGAUCUAAACCAAUAUUUGAGAGGGAUGAAAUAAAAGGAACAUCAGAAGAAAUUGAAGAACGUCGUACUGUUGUAUCUGUAAAUAACGAAAAUUUAGAAGGCAAGUCGAAAACGUUUAAAAAGCGUUCGACGUCUCUGAGUCCGGUUAGAACUCGAAGUCACAGUCCUCGACGCACAUCAUCUCGACAUUCCAGGCAUGAAGACUCAAGACACGAAGACAGAGGAAGUUGUAGAAGUAAUAGAGAAAGACAAAGUAGGGAUGGUAAUAGUUACAGAGAGGACAGACGACGCACUCAGUUGUAUAGUAUUGAGGAAGAACGGAACAGGAGAAGUCGUCGUGAUCAUUCGCAUUCAAGAGAGAGGGACCAACGAAAAUGGGAUAAAGAUUCUCGUCAUAGAGAUGGGAGAUCUUAUCGAGAGUGUCGAGAGAGAUCGAGAGAGCGUUCUCGGGAAAGGAGGGAUAGAGAUAGGUCUAGAGAAAGAAGAGUUCCUCCACAACAUUAUAUCGAACAAAUUCCUGUUCCUAUUUAUUAUGGUAAUUUUCCUCCAAGACCAAUAAUGAUGGGACCUUUAGUCCCAAUUCGUGGUCAAGUUCCUCUUGGCAGUAAUAGACAUCCUACUAUGAUAGGGCCAUUGCGAGGACCAUUCCCACCGAGGUUUAUUCCAUCGGAUAUGUAUAGAUUACGUUCACCCCAAAAUCCAAGAUUCGGACCAAUGUUUUAAUGCAAAUGGACUGUGAUAAAAGUUUGCUAAAUUAAGAAUUUUCGGCGAUAUUUAAUUGUGUUAUAUGUUCUUGACAUGCCAAAUUUUAAACUAAUUAACAACGACGAAAAUUUUCAUUAUGUAUGAUGAUUUAGUAAAUUCAAUUUAGGAUAAAUUUUAUUAUUGUAUAAGAUGUAAGUAGAGUUUUAUUACUGCUUGUUUAAGUUAUAGAAAUCUCAUGCUACAAAAAAUACAGACGUCUACAAAUUUUUACAGUAUACUGAUAGGAAAUUUAUG